AUGACUGAGGUCGGGCCUGCCGACCGCUCCAGGCUUUUGCGAUCCAAACGCGAUGAAUUUAGUUCAAUUGUAACAUCGAGGAAGCGGAAGCUCCGUCAGCUCUUCGCUGUCGCGACCGAGGGCGAUGCACUCCCCACAAACGACUUCGCAAAUCCUGACGCGCCGCCCGCCACCGCAGCCGAACUUCAGUUCCUGCAGGCCUGCGACAUCUCACAAGGACGGAAGCUCAAUGAAGCGAAUGUUCCUGCUCGACCUCAGCUGCGCUACGAUGUCCUAAGACAGUCCCUCGACAACUCUGGCCUCUUUGCACCAGAGCCAGCGCCUGCUCCUCCCGUAAAGCAAGAUGCUGCCCUCCCCGAAACCCAAACGAAGAGCGCUCCUACACCGUCGCCAAAGCCGGCUGCAGCUGCAUCAAACGUCCCGAAUGGCGCUGCACCAUCACCUCGAACACCUGCGACCUUCACCCUUCCGCCCUCACUUCCACCGAAGCCCCCGACGCCUGUGCCUGCUGCAGCGACACCAAAUCGACCCGAUGCCUCCAAGCCACCCACGUUGGCUGCCUCAGGUCCGCCACCGCCAUCACCUGUAGCCGUUCCCACGAAGAAUCCUCUGCACGCAUCGCGACAAGAUGCCGCAGAGACAACAAGUACCGCAGCUAUCGAAAAGCCCGUCCCAGCGCCCCUACGAGAAAAUCCGAAUGGCAUCUCGAAGAAGGCCCAACCACGAAAGGGCGAUGCGCCACAAGCUGCGCCCAGUCCAUCCGUUGUAAAGCCACCCGUCGCACAGCUUCCUGCUCGUCCAGACUUCAAAAAGGCCGAGGAAACGAUUCCCGUGGCUGCCAAACCUCCGCCCGACUCAGCAAAGGUAGCCGACGGAGCUUCAUCACCAGGCUCAACGACGCAGACAGCCGCGACUCCUGCUGUGCAUGACGUCUCAACAGAUACAAGCCCCGAAAAUGAAGGCCCUCAGUAUGUGGAGCGGCAGGCCACAUCUAAUGAAAGAAAGGCAGUAGGUAAGGCAGAGGAGGCUAAGGAGACCGAAGGCGGUGCUUCCCCUGAUGCAGAUUCGCCCAACGGCAGAAUACCAGAUGGACCUGAAGCACAGCUUUUGCAGGAGUCUAUGGCGAUGGACUCUAAGCCAACACCACCUGUGAGCGAAACACCUGCGAAGAAAGCGUCGCCUCCCACGACAUCAGUGGUGCCCACGCCGCCUCCGGUUGAAAUCAGAGCUCCAGGGCCUACCGCAGCAAAGGUCAUUACACCCAGUGUGGCCCAGAGUGCUACUCCCGCCGCCGAGCCGCCUACGGGCCAGCCGGUCAAAGACACUCCGGACAGCCAGGAGUCUCAGGCUCCCGAAAAAAUGGAUGUGGAUCAACCAGACGUCCAGUCUGAGGGAAAACCUUCCGUUGAGGUACAAGCGACACCUGUUGGGCCCAGCCAAACGGAGAUGCAGACUCCUCAAGCUUUCAACCAAGCUCCACAGACGCCGCAGGACCCAGAGCGAGCGGUAACUCGAACGGCUUCUGGAACAAUAAGACAGAAGUCAGUGGCCGAAAUAUUGGGAGAAACAAGUCCAGAGACACAAAUGACUGUCAAAAUGCCCGCAAGUCAACUUACACCUCUUACCUCCACGCCCCAGUCUCCGCCCUCGAGGCCAAAGACGUUUGCCAACAAGAAGAAGGACAAGGAAAAGGCAAGAAACAAGCCUUCUGAAGUUGUGUUUGGCAAGCAGACGAAACGAUCAGCAGACAAGUCUAUGGUGCCUAGCCAGCAGAAGCAAAGUUUUCUGCCGACAGAUGACUAUUUCACACCACUCUUUGUGCAAGGUUUUACACAAACAUCUAAAUGGAUGAAGCCGAUAGAGGUGAUACUUAACCAGUCUCACAAGACGGUGUCUACUCCGGAUGCCUACGUCGCUAUCCAAGACAACCAGGCAUGCCGAGUGCUUCGUCGCGUGUAUCAUCUGCAACAGCACGACAAAUGGUCAUUGCGACAGCCAAAGAGGUGUCCGGAGCCUAUUCGCCCGGAAUCUCAUUUGGAUGUGCUGCUUCAGGAGAUGAAGUGGAUGAGGACGGAUUUCCGGGAAGAAAAGAAAUGGAAACUUGCAGCUGCGCGGAAUCUCGCUCACGCCUGUGCCGAAUGGAUCGCUUCAAGUGAGGAAGAACGCAAGGAGCUCCAAGUUCCCGCGUACAUUCCGCCCAAGGAGCAGCCGGCCGAGCCCGAGACCGAAGGCGAUGCCUCCAUGGCCGAUAUCUCACUGGAUGUGGUCGAUGCGCACGCAACUCCCGAGCUGGUACCUUCAGGUGACCUGGAUUCACCCGAACACGUCGACGAGCUACAUGAGGAGGUUCUCCAGACUGUGGCCCCGUCUGCAAUCUUUGCCCUCGAAGAUGACGACGUUGUUUUCGAGCUCCGAAGUUCACCGACCGCAGACCAGCUGCUUCAGGAGCUUCCGAUGUACGGACAACCACUCAAGAUCCCGGCGUUUGAUUUCACCGUUCCCGAAUUCGACCCCGAUGCGCACUGGCGUCGCCCUGCUCUUCCCCUGAGCAAAUACGUGGAAGGCGAGAUGAAACUUUCUUCGGAUGGACCACCCAGAAAGAGGAGUCGUUACCAGUACGAAGAGGAAGAGGAGGAUGACGACGAGAAGGUCGUGUUUGGAUCUCAGCCCGCAAAGAGGAUGAAGCUACCGCCGCAGAAUGCUGAUGUGGCCCUGUUUAACCCCGAAAUGAAGCCGAUUCGAGACCGUCUGCACGCCGGCCAUCAGUUCCGCCCUCCGGCGGAAUACCAGAUGCCCAUGCAAAGCUUCUAUGAAUGCCGCAGCCCCUCGCAAUGGACAUUGGCAGAGGAUGACGAGCUGCGGAGCCUGGUCCGCGAGUACUCAUACAACUGGUCGCUCAUAUCUAGCCUUCUCACGCCUAGAUCCGUUUUCACAUCCGGCGCUGAGCGGAGGACGCCUUGGGAAUGCUUCGAGCGAUGGAUCAAUCUGGAAGGCCUCCCCACGGACAUGCAAAAGACGCAGUACUUCAAGGCGUACCAGAACAGGAUCGAUGCUGCCAACCGUGUCAUCAUACAACAGAACCAGAUUGCGCAGCAACAGGCUGCCGGCUCAGCGCCGCCGACAACGCCGGUCGCAAGACGCAGACCUUCAACGCCGCUCAGAGUCGAGCGACGACGCAACCAGAAGCACCUCACGCUGAUCGAUGCUAUGAGGAAGUUGGCCAAGAAGCGCGAGACUGCGGCUCAGAAGCAGCAGCAUGCCACCCAGAUGGCAGCCAUGCGGAAGGCCAACGAGGCCGCGCAACCCAGAGGACCUACCAAGACACCUAGGGAUUACAGCUUGAUGAGGUGGGAGCGCGACCAGCAGCUUGCCGAGAAGGUGGCCCAGUUCCAUCAGCGCCAGGAGGCCCAGAGACGCAUCACGAUGCAGCAGCGAGGCCAGGUCGCCGCACAGAUCGCCACGACGCCCGCCGCAGGCCAAGUACCGGCAGGCGUCGCGGGUCAAGUCAACGGCAACAUGGCCCGUCCCAACAUGCCUAAUCAGCUCGCCGUUCCGGGUCAAGCAGGCCGAGGUCGUAUGCCCAUGCAGGCUCCGACCGCGAACAUGGGCGGAGUCCCCGCUCAGAUGAGCGGCCUCGUGCCUCCCAUGCCAAUGAACGGGGCGCAGACAGCUCAGAUGCAGGCGGCACUGCAAGCUCAGCACAGGAUGCCUAUGCCCAACCCUCAGCCUGAUGUUAAUCUCAUGAUGCAGGCGCGGCGUAUCUCUGAGCAGCAGCGACAGGCUGUUCAGCUGCAGCAGGCUCAACAGCAAGUCCAACAACAGGUCCACCAACAGCCGCAGCAACAACAUCAACAGCCCCAACAGCAGCAACAGCAACAGCAACAGCAACCGGCUCAGCAGCAGCAGCAGCAACAACAACAACAACAGCAACUGCACCAGGGAACACCGACAUCUCAUGCGUCUCAGUCUCACUCUCCGCCAAACAUGCGGCCCGCAUCAGUUAAUGGCGUCCACGGCGCUAACGGCGUUAAUGGUGUCAACGGCGUCAACGGUGUGAAUCAGCAGAGCUUCAUCGCCAAUGCUCAGGCUAAUGCCCAAGCCAUGAUGGCAUUCAACGCUGCUAAUGGUGGUGGGGUGGCUACGUCUCCUGCCGGUGGUCUCCAUAUGCCUAACGGCACUUCAGGUUCACCUCGCCCCCUCACACAAGUGCCACCCGGAAUCCAGCAACAGCUUAGUGCCCUGGAAGCCCAAUAUCGGCACAAGAACCCGACCUGGACACCUGAGCUCGUGCGACAACAUGCUACGGAGCAUCUCACUCGCCUGAUGAUUCAUCAGAGGACGACCAUGUCUCAAAAUGCCAUGAACGCGGCUGCUGGCGGUGGAGGCGCCUCAUCUCCGGGUAUUGCUAAUGGCAUUGCUGCCACGACUAGCCCUCAUCAGUAUGCUGCUCUUCUUAGGCAGCAGCAGCAACAACAACAAGCGGCAGCAGCGGCACAGAAUGGUCAGGCUCCGAAUGGGCAACACCAGCAAGCCCACCAACAGCACCAUGGCCAGCAACAGGCACAGCAACACCAUCAGCAGCAAAAUGGUCAGCAGCAACACGUGCAGCCUCAGCAUACGCAACACCAGCAGCAGCACCAGGCACGGCCUCAGUCCACGCCCCAGCCCCAGCAUACGCCGCAGCCUCCGCAGUCUCAGCAGGUUCCGAAGCAGGCACACACGCCUCAGCAAGCACAGCAGGCUCAGAUCCAAAGGCCUCAGUCGGCUCAAUCGGCCCAGGCUCUCCACGCUGCACAGCUUCUCCAGGCUCAGAAGCUCCAGCAAGCUCAGCAAGCCCAAAAGGCCCAGCAGGCUCAACACGCGCAGCAAGCUCAAAAGCCACAGCAGCCGCAGCAACAGGCUCGACAGUCGCCACAGGUUCAACAGGCCCAAAAGGCGCAGCAAUCGCCGCAGGUCCAGCAAGCUCAAAGAGCACAGCAAUCGCCGCAAGUUCAGCAGGCUCAGAGGGCGCAGCAGUCGCCGCAAGUCCAGCAGGCUCAGAGGGUGCAGCAAUCACCCCAGGUCCAGCCGGCACCAAAGGCACAGCAGUCACCCCAGGUUCCGCAGGCUCAACAGGUUCAGCAGGCACAGCAAUCGCCGCAAGUCUCACAGCAAGCUAAGCCAUCUCAGCCGUCCCAGCAGGUUCAACAGGCUCAGCAGCAGGCACAACAGAAAGCCCAGCAGCAGGCUCCGCAACAGGCUCAGCAGGCUCAGCAAGCUCAGCAAGCCCAGCAGCAGCGCCAAGCCAGUGGAAGCGCCACACCAUCUGCUACGCCCGCGCCCUGA